AUGGCAGAAUGUGCAGACGGCUUCUGUGACCCGGCAUGGCCUCCGGGGACGGUCAAACUCGCCCAGCUGCUGGAUGCCGGAAGGAAGCAGGAUGCAGAGAUCAUUCUCCAGCCGCGACCUACAGAUAAUCCCAACGAUCCUCUGGUAAGCAGCAUCUCGAGACACUGACAGGAUCCAUCGGAAGGCUUGGUAUUAGAUGAGCUAUGUUUGCUAUGGCUUCUGGACAACCCAAGAAUGGCACUAUGUCAAUGAUAAGAGACAUUGUAUGGGACGUCGUGCCGUGAGAAACGCUAACAGAAGUCUACAGAACUGGCCAAAGUCGCAGAAGACCAUCGACUUCCUCCUCGCCUCCUUCUAUGCGAUGAUGGUCUACGCCUUCGUCAAUGCCACUUCGCCGACAUGGGGCCCUCUGGGCGACGAAUUGCACUUCAGCUCGGAAACCCUCACCAAUACCUAUGCGAUCGGUUGUGCGACUCUGGCCUUGGGAGCGCCGAUGCUCAUUCCUUUCGCGCUCAAGUUCGGAUCCCGAGCAGUCUAUGUGCUAAGCAGCGCUGCACAGUUCGCCAUCUCCAUCUGGGCGGCGAGAACCAUGACCGCGGGUGACUGGUGGGGAGUCAAUGCACUGCAGUGCUGGCUGGGGGCUUUGGCCGAAGUGCUCGUCCAGAUGACGAUUGCCGAUGUCUACUUUGUGCAUCAACGUGGACGGAUGAAUGCGAUCUAUAUCUGGGUCGCCAAUGUGGGAUCCAACCUGGCCGUUGUCGCAUCUGGCUUCAUCACCACGGGCAUGGGCUGGAGAUGGGUGUGGUGGUGGUGCGCCAUCUUCUUCGGUCUCCAGCUGGUCAUCUUCAUCUUUGGCUUCGAGGAGACCAAGUUUACUCAUGUCGAGACGCUGGAAGGCCGUCAAGGAAGCAUCGUCACCGCACCGGAUGUUUCCGGUCCGAUUCAUGGCGACUACAAAGACGCCUCGGAGAAAUCACCCUCUGCGCAUCCGGAAGCUGCUGCGGACGAGUCAGGAGGUCCAAUAGAGAGGAAGCUGAGCGUUGUGCAUAUCAACCCAAACAUCCCAAGGAAGACGUAUUGGCAGAAAUUGGCUUUGACAACGACUUCGCCCGGUAGCUGGUCCAGCUUCUUCCGCCACUCAUGGCAGCCAUUCCUUAUUCUUGGAUCCAUUCCCGGGGUACUGUUUUGCUCUCUGGUCUAUGCUAUCCUCCUGGCCUGGUCUACGGUGAUGACGACCGUACUUAGCACAUACAUGCUAGACGCACCGUACAACUUCAGUGCAGAUCAGAUUGGUCUCAUGUCUCUCGCACCCUGUACGUAUCUGUUGCGCGCCGCUAGUCCGACUCUCAUUGACACUCUUCAUAGUCAUUGGCAAUACUCUUGGCUCCAUCCUCUGCGGUCCUAUCUCCGACUUCGUUGCCAUCCGCCUUGCGAAGCGCAACAAUGGAAUGUACGAGCCGGAGUACCGGUUCUGGACUUUCCUUCCCUUCGUUCCAUUUCAACUCGCUGGAGCUUGGUGGUUUGGCUAUGCGCUGAACAAUGGAUGGAGCUGGGUACAAGUUGCACUGGCUUACGGCGUGUGUAGCUUUGGGAGUGCACCGUUGCAGAGCAUGGCGUUGACAUAUAUGUUGGAUGCUUACAACGGUAUGUUGCAUUGAAUGUCCAGGAGCCCAUUGCUGACUCGAUGCCCUUUGCAGAAAUCAUCGGUGAUGCACUUACGGCUCUUACCUUCAUGCGGAAUCUGUUCAGCACGAUCUUCGUGUUCGCGGUAGACACCCCCAAAGCUUCAGAUGUUAUCGAGCAUCUACUGACGUUUGUUAGGUGCCCGCGUGGAUUGAGGGCGUGGGGAUGGCGAACGUCUUCAAUACCAUUGGAGCGAUCGGAAUAUUGAUCUUGUCGUCCGCCGUCUUCUUUAUAUGGCGCGGCAAGGAUCUGAGAGUGAAGACUGCCAAGGUAUACGGGUACUACGCCAGACGACAGUUUGAAGCAAGACCGAUGUAG